AUGGAGAAACGCGUGGAGAAUCUGUUGAACAAAGUCUCGUACGCCAGCAUAACCAUCGCGACGAUCGCUCUCCUCAUCACCUACCUUCAAAUCCCAGAAACCUGCAUCCCUCCCGACACCCCAAUCACAAAGCCCCACCAGAAAUUCCCUUCCUCCACCUGCGAUUCCUCCCUCCGCCGCCCUUACCUCUCCCCGGCCAAGAAGAACAUCCGAUUGUGGUCGUCCAAGCCCUGGAUCUCCCAGCUCAAUUCCUUCACCAGAUUCUUCUCCGACCUCCAAUCCACCGGCCUCUUACCCAACCACUCCCGCGUCCUCUGUCUCUCCGCCGGCGCAGGCCACGAGGUCAUGGCCCUCCACAACAUGGGGGUCGGCGACGUGACCGGGAUCGAGAUCGUGGAAUCUCUGCCUUUGGUCAGAAAAGCCGAUCCCACUAACUUGCCCUUCUUCGACGCUGUUUUCGACUUCGCGUUCACUGCUCGUUUGUCAGAGGCUUUGUUCCCGGCGAGGUUUGUUGGGGAGAUGGAGAGGACGGUGGCCGGCGGUGGCUACUGCGUCUUGGCGGUGGAGGAGUGUGGCAAAGAGCUUGUGGAUCAAAUUGUUGGGUUAUUUCACAGGUCUAAGUUGGUUGGCGUUGGAAAUGUAACCUUGAUUGGAAUGAGAAUGACCAGAAUUAUCAUGAAAGUGGGUGAUGCAUCUUCUUCUUCUUCAUGA